AUGGAAAUAAAGGACGGUAUUCUUAAUAAUCUAUUGUGUAUGUCAUGUCUGUGUGUUGGGCGAUGCAUCCAAGAGGUUAAGGAAGAAAGAUUAAAGCAGUAUUACUUAGAUGUACUCAGAGAAAUACCUCUGAAUGUAGACCUACCAUCACCAUGGCUCUGCUGGGAAUGUUUAUCUUUGUUACAAAAAGUGGUGGCAUUCAGAGAUCAAGUGAAAGACUCGUAUAGAAUACUACAAACAUACACUAAAGAGAAUUUCAAUGAAUGUCUGCAAAGCGAUGUGUCUAGAUCUCCACGGUUGAAAUUAGCGAAACAAUUAUGUAUUGAUAUACCACCUGAAGAUGUGAAGUUUGAAAUUAAUGAAGGUGAAUCAAGUCCUCGGAAUAAGAGUUUUAAUAUCGACUCAGAACAUGAACUUGAAGAGGUUCACACGGUGAUUUGUGAUGUACAGAGAGGGCAAGGGAAGAUUUCAAACAACGGCAGUUUGUUUCUGAACGAAAAUGAUCCGAUGUGUACCCAACACGACGUUAAGAAUGAACCGUGCGAUGAUAUAUUUACUGACAGAAUGAAAAUAGAAGACGUUGUUGAGUUGAAAUUGACGCCCAAGACAGAGAGAAGGAAGUUAAAUAAUAAAAUAAAGAAACCGGAUGAAAAAGAAGAUUACUUUGCGAACGGAAGAAACGAAAUUGUUGAGGUCAAAAUUGAGAAUUAUGAAAGCAAGAGUUCUUUUAAGAGAAACGACAUCUUGGAGAAAAACAAAAAUGAUUUGAAAACAAAUAUUGAUGAAAACAAAAUAGAAGAAAAUACCAGAGAUGUGAAGGAUACUGUUAAAGACACUAAGUUUAUUAAAAAUCAAUACUACAGAACUCUCCAUCUCUCCUACGAGGAGAUGCUCGCGGAGAGACAGACUCUCCGUGACGCGGAGAGUUUCGUGAACUCUCCGUAUAAAUGCGAGUCUUGUAUUAUAGUUUUCAACCACCAGAGGGCUCUGAAGAUUCACAACGAAAAGAGGCAUACAGUCACAGGUAAAUAUACCUGUUCCAUUUGCAACAUUAACUUAUCAUCAGCUGAAGAGUUGGCGUCACACUACAGGCGUCACACGAGGACGUAUGAGUGUACAGUCUGCAACAAAAGGUGCGCAUCUAUAAAAGAUGUACACAAGCAUUUGAAGGAACACAGUAUAUAUAUAAAGGUGUAUACUUGUGAUGUCUGUGCUGUUGUUUCUAAUUCAGCGGCGACGCACAGAUACCAUAAAGAGAAGCAUCACUCAAACAAACCGAGGAUUGAAUGCGCCGAUUGUGAUAAAACUUUUAGUCAUCGAGCGGGGUUAAUGAACCACAGACUGACCUUCCACGAGUAUCAGAACAAGUUCCCUUGUAACGUGUGCAACAAAAUAUUCAGGUGGAAGACGAGCUUGAAGCGGCAUCUGAAGAAACAUAAUGAGUCUAAGGAUAACCGCAGUAAAGCGUUCUGUGCUAAAUGCGACAUCGUGUUCUCGUCCGUCUGUUCGCUACAGAGACACCUCAGGAACAGCUUGAAACACGUCACCAGCGAUCAGCUCAAGUUCAUCUGUGACCAUUGCAACCAUAGGUUCGCUGACAAAACGAAAUUAAGAGACCAUAUUGAGGAGAAGCAUUUAUUCAGGACUUACCAGUGUCAUAUAUGUCAUAAGCCGUCCAAGAACAGGGUCGGUCUAGAACAGCACAUACGAACAGUACACAAAGGAAGACCGAAUAAUAGAAUGUGUCAUCACUGUGGGAAAGGAUUCCCUACAAAGGUCCAACUUGAGUCUCACAUCCGCACUCACACGGGCGAGAGGCCUUUCAUGUGCGAGUACUGCCCCACGACCUUCUCGCAACAGUCCAACCUGUAUAAACAUCACAGGCAGGUACAUCUUAACAUAAAAUCGAAGAGAUACCCGCUGUGCAGGAAACGGAAGGAGAACAACCAACCGGAUGUAGCCGUGUUCACACUUCCGGUUCAGGGAAGUUGUCGGUCAUGUCGUGAAAUGGAUGGUAUACAGAUGGAACCCAUUGGAAAGUAUAAGACAGACCGCAACGGUUCAGCUAAAGCUGCUGCGUGGCGUAACAUGGUUGAUCAGGAUUUAGACGAUGUCGCAUUCCUAGCGGAUACUGACAAAGCGAGAGAGGCGAGGGAACUAGGAGAUGCUCCAGUGGCUGUUUGUUCUCAAAGACGAGCUCUCUGUUUAGCAGCUCUAGUCCUCUCCGCUAUGUUUGCCACAGCCCUACUAGUCGUGUACGCAACACCACAACCAGAAUGUCCAUGCGCAGCAGAAGUGGAACUUAUUCCGGGGAUAGUUCCUACUGGUGUGGAAGAAAAUUAUACUACGGCGUCCAAAGAAAGAAUAGCCAGUAACGGCAUGGUGUUUCCCUGGAGAGGCGCCAGACUACCAACCUUUCUGAUACCAAAACACUACAACCUAUGGUUACAUCCUAAUCUUACAACUGGAGAACUGAGAGGUGAAGUAUCAAUAGACUUCAAAGUGGAUAGAGAUACAACAUUCGUGGUCCUCAAUAUUAGGGACAUGAAUGUUACUGAGCGUGCCUUAUUUAAGGCUGGUGGUUCCUUGGGGCCUAAAGUUGCGAAAACACUCGACUACCCACAAGCUGACCAGACGUACAUCGAGUUUAAGGAGAAACUAAGGCGUAAAUACAACUACACUCUGAGUCUACGUUUCAUAACAAAACUCGACAGGAGUGACCGACAGAGAGGUUUCUUUAUAGCUGGCACACACAGACAGCGUUGCGCGAUUUCAAGAUUUUGGUUGACCCACGCUCGCUCCGCCUUUCCUUGUCUAGAUGAGCCGCAUCUACGAGCCACAUUCAAACUAACUAUAGUCAGAGAUCGCUUCCACGUAUCUCUCACUAAUAUGCCGAUUGUCGCGACAGAAGAAGCGGGUUUUUAUUUAGGACAUAGACUGUUACAAGAUGAGUUCGCCUUAUCCCCACCAAUGUCUCCUCACAUGAUGUCGCUGGCUGUGUGUCGACUGCAGCGUCGCGGCGCGGUCCCACUUCCGGUCCCCACCACAGACACUACAGAAACGCCACCGGAAGUAGCACCAGAGAUAAGUCUGUACAGUGACCAACAGGUUAUACUAGAUGAAUCAGGCCCGCUGCUAGAAUGGGUUCAAAAAACGAUACAACUGUUCGCAUACGAGCUAAACACUUCGUAUCCAUUACCUAAAUUCGACAUCGUGGUGGUUGAUGGUGGUAGUUCGUACUCUGAAGGAUGGGGCCUUAUAACUCUGUCGCCGUCUCUCCUCACUGACACCAAGGUCAUCGCUAGACUACUCGCGCAACAGUGGUUCGGGGGCCUGGUGUCCCCCCGUUGGUGGAGUUCCCAGUGGCUGUUGGAGGCCCUCACCUCAGUGUUGGGUGAGAAGGCCCCUGCCUUAGGGGGCCUUCCCGCUGAGAGGCAACAGGAUGCACUAUUAUUAGAUCAUGUGUUGCCUGCUCUAAGACUAGAUUCCAGUAACUCAGUCCGCGCUGUCGCCUCACCGAGACUUGAAAAAUCAGACAUAGAGUCUGCUACAGACGAAUUAUCAUUACAUAAGGGCGCGGCCAUAGUAAGUAUGGCGAUAGAAGCUGCCGGUGUGGACGUGGGUCGGGCCGCUCUCGCCAGACUACUGAGAGAUCAUCGCACUGCCAGCGCUGAUGCCAAAGAUCUUUGGAGGGCGCUGCAGCAUUCGUCAUCCGCGCCGCCCCACGCUUGGGACGGCUGGUGUGAAAAGCCAGGAUAUCCAUUGCUAUGUGCUACACAAGUAGAUGGGGACAUAGUAUUACGACAAGAGAGAUUUAUAAUGUCGGCACCUCCCCCUGAGAAAGAGCCAGUCAUGUUGAACGAACUCUUGACUCGGGAUCUCAGGAUGGAACUUGAAGAAUUGUUUUAUGAACCUGAAAAUUAUACGGAGAUAAUCGAGGAAGAUAUAAACAGCACAUCUACCACGCCAGCCCCGACCACAACUACCACGGAAAAACCCACCACCAAGCCCACGAAGCUACCACCAGCACCCAAAUGGGUGAUACCACUCACAUUCACCGUUGGACCACUCAUUGAGGAGGAGGAAAUGGAGAAUAUAACGAAGUUAUGGAAGAAUUCCACGGAGAACAUACAGAAUGGAACAUGGUAUGACAUCUUAAACGACACAAAACGAUCUUCAAAGUGGUCGGAAAAUGUGACUUACUUGAUUUGGAUGAAUGACACUGAGAUGGUGAUACCUGAUCUUGGUAAACACAAGUGGGUCAGGUACAACGUCGGUGCUCGAGGCCUGUACCGAGUCGCGCCACAAGACAGACAUCUGAACGAAACAGCUGAGGCGGCAGCAAAACGUGCAUCUGACUUGUACUCAAGCGGAGCGCCGGCAGAGAGAGCUUUGUUAUUAGACGAUGCGUUCGUAUUGAGCAGAGCCAGGAGAUUACCGGCUAGUGUGGCGAUAGCGGCCGCUGCUCACUUAUCUACGGAGCGUCACUGGGCCGUGUGGCGUGUGGUUGUGGCUCAUCUCUCGUGGUGGCGUGAACUGUUAAGAGUGUCUUCAUCAUCGCCACAUUUGCUGGCCCUACUCGCCACACUGCCACCGUCCCUACCACUAUAUACUCCCCAAGAUAUUAUAGAUGCUACCGUCAGCGAAGAUCAGUUGUGGCUAAGCGGUGCUCUUCUGACGGCGGGCGUGGAGUGGGGCAACGAAAAUGUGACGCAGCAGGCUUUAACAUUAUUUGAUAAUUGGUUGAACGACAAUGAGACUAUACCUGAGAUAUAUCAAGAGGCGGCAUUCAUAGCUGGUGUGAGGGCCCACGGGUCCCGGGCCUGGUCGGCCUGCUGGCGGGCCCUACUCGCCUCGGCCUCCGCCCCCCGGCCUCUAUACUCACACAGGGCUCUGCUGGCGGCCCUGAGCGCUGCCGAUGAUGAUUGGCUUGUGUAUCGGUUCGCGUACACGGUGCUGUCAAGCGAGGCACAGAAAGGUAGAGAUUGGGACAUGUGGGUGACCGCACUUUAUGAAGGACUAUGCAGAUGGCGCGGGCCGUCUGUCGUGUGGCGCGCGUUAGUACCGGCCCAGCUGCCGCCGAGAGCACUCGCCGCCGCCGCGCGCUGCAUGCAUCAACCGACGGAUUAUUAUAGAUUCAAAGAACUUUUCGGUGAUCAAAAAGGCGCGGCCGCAGCAUUGGAUAUUAUAGCUCUCAACACAGCGUGGGUCGCCAAAGCAGACGCAGAUUUGGUUGCGUAUUUUAAUUCGAUAAAACAGAACGAAUGA